AUGGUGGUACAGCAUUGCUACUGCAGUGCUGGCAUGCUUAUUCCGCUGGUCGACGCUGUAAGCGCAACGGAGCAUCUGCAAGCGCCACUGAAGCAGCAUUUUCAGUAUCCCACCUUUCCUGUUAACUUUCGGGCUGAGAGUAGUGAGAAUGGCACCACCACCACACGCGAACUGUUUGAAAUUAACGAACUGAUGCGCGAAAACAGUGGCUGGCUGAUCGGUACGGUGAGUGGUCGGUUGCCGAUCGUCACCAACCCGUACGCUUCGUUCUACAACGUGUUCUUCGCCGACGGGUACGAUGCAAUGGGGAAGAUUUUGCAAUCCUUAAACUACACGGAUUACGACCCAACCGGGCGUUGCCUGUUGGUGAUAAAUGCCGCAUACGAAACGGACCACAUGGUGCAGCUAAUGGCCAUCCUCUGGCAGCUUCGAAUGGUAAACGUGGCUGUGAUAGUGCAGGAAGCUGCAACGGACACGGACAGCUACCGUGCCUACAGCUACGAUCCGUACCGCGAGGGCAAGUGUGAACUACUGGAACCGCUGCUGCUGGAUCAAUUUGUGGCCGGCCGGUGGCAAAGCUUGCACCGUUGGUACCGGGACAAGUUGGAGAACUUUCACGGCUGCAGCCUGUCGGUGGGUACGUUCGCGGCCAAACCGUACUCGAUGGUACGGCGGGACGGGAACGCUACGAUCCGCUACGGCAUGGAGGUGUCGAUUGUGGAGAACGUUGCGCGCUGGUUCAACUUCACGAUCGACUACCGCAGCCCGGCCGGUACGGUGAAGUGGGGCAUCAUCCGGGCGGUCAACAGCACCGGCAUGAUGGGCAUGAUACAGCGCAACGAGGUGGCGUUCGGCUUCGGCUGCAUGGGCUACAACGAGUACCGCAAUCGGUAUCUGACCGUGGGCCUGCCCAGCUUCAUCACGCAGCUCAGCAUGGCUGCACCGCCGGCGCGACCGUUCACGUGGCUGGAGAAGCUGUUCGCACCGUUCACGCUCGGGGCUUGGCUGUGCAUUGCGCUGUGCUAUGCGGGCUACCUACUGCUGACCGUGCUGGUGUUCGACUCGCGCCUGGUCACCACGGUGGAACACUUUCGCAACCCGGCGUACAAUGUGUGGGUGAUGCUGAUGGGUGGACCGUCGCGCCCCGUCCGCCAGACCAGCAUCCGGCUGUUCCUGGCGGGCUUCAUGCUGAACGCGCUCGUCAUACGCACCAUGUACCAUUCGGCGAUGUUUGAGCGGCUGCAGGCGACGACCACGCUGGGCAGUGAUCUGAACACCUUCCAGCAGAUAAAUGACGCGCACAUGCUGUACUACAUGUACAUUACGACAUCGUUCUACGUCAAGGACAAUCCGCUGGUGCAUGGCAGAAUACGCAUCCUUUGGGACGAAACGGAGGACUGGGACGAGGUGAUGUACAACAUUUCGCACUACAGGCUGAAGGGCGUGUUUGUGAUACCGCUCGAUGCGAUCGAGUACUACGUGAAAAACGUCGGCCAGCGCGGUCUGGUCUACGUGAGCAGCCACACCAGCAUCAACUACAAUCCGGGCUUCGUGUAUCCGAAAGCUUCCCCGCUGACGGAACCGUUCAGUGCGAUCAUCGGCCGGUACCAGGCGGCCGGACUGAUUCCCAUCUGGCGGGAACAGUUCCGCGACACGCGGUACUGGAACAACGCCAAGCAGCACCCGGAACCGAUCAGUCUGCACUGGUCGCACCUGUCCGGUGGGUUCUAUCUGUGGGCGUGCCUGCUCGCCCUAUCCUCGCUGGUACUGGUGGGAGAGCGAAUAGUGAGCCGUAGGAAAUGA